GCUGUGCUUGGGAACUUGAACCAGUAGCAACUACUUGCCUGGCCGUGGAAUUCCCUAAAGCUCUUUUCUCUAUUUAAUACUCCUAAUGCUUUCAUUGGUUUACAGUAUCUGAGUUUGUAUAAUCUGAUUCUUUUUGCAGGACCACCACCGUUUCCAUUCGUUGCCACUCCCACCAUCUAUCUAUCCAUCUCUGUAGGUGUUUUGAAGAGCUCUAAAAUCCCUCAACCAGCCCAAAACGAUGAAGAUCUUCAAUUGGAUGCAAAGUAAGCUUAGUGGGAGACAGGGGAGCAAUAAACCAAGUGGGCUUUCAGUUAAUCAUCAAAUUGGUCGGCAAGAAGCUCGAAAGGAAGAAUUCAGCGACUGGCCACAUGGGUUGCUGGCAAUUGGGACAUUUGGAAAUAACAAUCUAAAAGAAGAAUCAUCACAAAGUACUGAUAAUUAUGCUCAAGAUCAUGAUGAGGAGGAUCCAUCUUCCUCACUUGAACUACUGGAAGAACAUUUCACUCCUGAAGAAGUUGGGAAAUUACAGAAAGAGUUAACUAAGCUAUUAUCACGUAAACCAGCUGUGUCCAAUAAUAAUGAAUCUGAAUCAACAACAGGAGAAAGUAGUAGUAAUAAUCUCCUCCCAUUAGACAAAUUCCUAAACUGCCCAUCCAGCUUGGAGGUUGAUAGAACAUAUUGCACUCAGUUCUGUGAUGAUUUAGAUGAUGAUGGUGAUAAAGAUAAUCACCAUUAUAAUCUUCCACCUACUACCUCCACUGUGAUCUUGAGUAAAGGCAAAGAUGUCUGCUUUGAUAGUAAAGAUCACCAUUACAAUGCAAACAACGCAAUCAAGAAAAGAUCUGUAACUUUUCUUCUUAAGAAGAUGUUUGCUUGUACAAGUGGCUUUGCACCAGCUCCCAGUUUAAGAGAUCCACUUCCAGAAUCAAGAAUGGAGAAGCUUUUGAGGGCAAUCCUUCAUAAGAAGAUAUACCAACAAAGUUCCACUCCAGCUGCAUCCAUGAAGAAAUACCUGGAGAACAGAUAUAAGGCGGCAAAGGACCGGAAGGAAGACAAUGAUGACUUGCCCGAGAAACCAAAAGAUGGCAGUAAAUGGGUCAAUACGGAUUCUGAAUAUAUUGUUCUGGAGAUAUAA